UUCAAUUUUUUUUUUUAAGUAAUAUUUUAUUUACUACUCUGUGGUCCCUACGACUGAGUUUAAAAGAUUUAUUAACCCCUUUCGUACGCUGAGUUUAAAUGUUUUUCUACGUUCAGUCCCACACUAAACUUGUGACGAAUCAGCGGUUCGGAACAAAACUCCGCCACUCGCUCAUUCGCUCACUCAGGUAACAAGAAGCAAACAGGACACAGCUCCAGCGCGACGCUUCACAACACAACCCGGCUCUUUUUCUCCGGACCUGACUCUUCCUCCUCACUGCCAAACAUUUGGACACUUUGGUGAACAUGUCGGCCAUCCAGGCUUUGGAGCAGUGGUGCAGGUGCGAGUGUGAGGGCUACAGAGAUGUGAGCAUCACCAACAUGACCACGUCCUUCAGGAGUGGACUGGCCUUCUGUGCCCUCAUACACAGACACAGACCUGAUCUCAUAGAUUACGACUCACUUCGCAUGGAGGAUGUGUUUGACAACAACAAGCUGGCCUUUCAGGUGGCAGAAGAGAAGCUGGGAAUCCCGGCUCUGUUGGACGCAGAGGACAUGGUGGCCUUAAGGAUUCCGGACAGGCUCAGCAUCCUCACUUACGUCUCUCAGUACUACAACUACUUCAAAGGACGCACCCCCAUGGGAAGAGUUAAGAGGCCAGCAGAGGGCUCCAAGGAGGCGCCUUCAGAGAAGAAGAAUCUCCCAGUGGCCAUCAAAGCCUCGCUCUCCAAGACCGCCAUCAAGAAUCAGGCCCCUCCUGCUGUCAUCGCCACACGGACGUCGCCGAAGCUGGCGAAGCCUGCAGCUCAGAGGCCAGAAAACAGCAACAAAAAUGGCACCCUCAACAGCAAGUGCGCCGCUUGCAAGAGUCACGUUCAUCUGGUCCAGCGCCACUUUGCGGAGGGCAAACUCUUCCACAGGAGCUGUUUUACAUGCUGUGAGUGCUCAGGCAGCCUCCAUGCAGGAGGCUACAAACCCGGCAAAGAUCCGGGCACUUUUGUUUGCAAAGUCCACCAAGAGAAGAGUACCAAAACGUCCUUCGAGUCUCGUAUCAAGACCAGACCUGGGAUGUUAAAUCUUUCCGUCCAGCUUGAACCACAGCCCUCCUCCCUGCCCAAGCCGGUCCAUGCCGCCCCCCCAACUCACUGCUGGACGGCCUCGGCGCAGAAGACACAAGCAGCCCGGCAGAACUUUUUCCUGGAGGCCUCGAUAGCCAACUGCAGGAAGUCCACGGAGCCGUGGGGAGGACUGACGUUCCCACAAAGGCCAGAUGUCGACUGGGGCAGAGAUGGAAAGAAACUGUCAGAGGAAAACAAUAACAACAAUAACAACAAACAUUUGUUUUCUGUUUGCUCGGCAGAGAGACGCAAAAACCCAGCAGCAAACGUUCUAAGCACCAGCAGCCAAGAAUCUGCAUGUCCUACUGCAGUCAAGUGUGACAACAUAACACAUCCAACAACAGCCGACGGUCCACUCUGUGACACGCAAAUCAAGCCAAAAUGGAUGCAAAUUGAACCAGAACCAAGAGAUAAUGACUCCACCGACAGAGAACAUCGGUUCGUGUCCACGUCUUUCUCCGGCAUCCCCAGCAGCGCAACGAGGCCUCCAACAUCAGCACCACGUCCCCCUCCUGUUACCUUUGCACUAGCUCGCUAUGGACGUCCAGCAGAUCCACCCAGGAGGCACUCGCCUGUCAAAUCCCCGGCAAGAUGGCCAGCUUUGGAAUACACGAGCUCACCAACCUCCCCGGCAAACAUCCCGUCAGGUGCUAAAAAGGGAAAGUAUUUGUCACCCACCGACGCCUCCAGGACUGAAAUGAGGUCACCCUCUCAUGAGUCUUAUCACAUCCCGGCGGAGCAGAUUGAGAGCGAGCUGAGCGACAUCGAGGCGAACGUGGCGCGCUUGGAGAGAGAAGGCGUGGAACUGGAGAAGAAGCUUCGCCGCUGUGAGGAAGAGGGAGAGGGCGACGUGCUGAUGGACCCACUGAUGGCUGACUGGUUCAAACUCAUCCAGAAGAAGCAAAUGUUCAUCAGGAGGGAGUCAGAACUUGUUUACACUGCCAAGACUCAGGAUCUGGAGCAGCGGCAGCUACGUGUUGAGCAGGAACUCCGCACGCUGCUGGAGAAGCCUGACCACGUCAAGACCACAGAGGAGCGAGCGUGGGAGAAGACACUGAUGCGGAGACUGAUGGAGCUCGUGGACGGCAGGAACGCCAUUGUAGAGGUUCUGGAUGACGACCGACUCAGCCAGCGGGCUACUUCCUGGUUCAUGGAGGAAGACAAGAUGAUAGGACUGUACCAUCUUUCUACUCUUGGGUUCAAGAAAAGAAGAUACAGUUCUUUACCAAAAGUCCUCCUCAGACCGUCGAUAAGGAGUCGGACUCCCCCGGUCGUCGUCUUUGCCACUGAUGGAUGUGCUCACACCUCCGAGAGGAAGGCAAGAUGUUGCCAGGCGACAGAGGUCCAAGCGUGUGUCCAAGCUCUACCUACCUGGCUCUUUUCACUGGUCAGGGUUUGGGUUGCAUUGUGGAGGGGAUUUUACAGCUUUCAGACCUGCAUUGCAUUGCGAAUUCCUCCAGCUUCUGCGGCGCCACAGCUGUUCAACUCCGAUGGAAAAACAGCCACAUGGGACUCACUGAGUCUGGGAACACCAAGAAGCAAUAUGCAGAGCAGCGAUGACAGUGGCAGCACCGAGGCUUACCUGUCAGCUUGUACGGCUGAUUGUCUCCGUUCAUCCCGCAGCCAGACGCCAGCAGCGGGUUGGAGCCGCCCACCGACGCCGCGCACGACCCAUUGAGUAAUCCGUCUAUGGAGAAGGGGACGGCGGCUGCAGACUGCAGCUGGUGUCCGGUGGCCAGCUCGUAGACGUGGUGGUGGCUCAGGUGGUACGGGAAGCCCACCAUGCCUCCGCCGCCGAGGGAGCCUCCGAACUGGGCGUGAGGCGGCUCCAGUAUCCGGCUGUCCAUCAUCCCGCUGGCGAGAGAGGAGGGGAACGACGUCUGGAGAGCCGCUAUUUCCUCAUAAAGUCACCUUCUGCCUGCAAAUUGAGACUGGGUAUUGACCAACGACGCCUCAGCUUUGCAGAAUAAAUUCAGAAGAGUGAAAAGGGAAGUGCAAGUGCAGGAGGCUGCCUCGCUGAGCAUGGGGGUGAGUGGGUGCGUGCGUGUGACGGACGGCGAGGGUGGGUUGUGUUGCGGAUAGGAAUCACAGUCAGAUAGCGACAGCGCUGGCUUGGGAGUGUAACACCACCUUCAUCAUCAGCGUCCUCCUCUUCCAGACGUAAAAAAAAAAAAAAAAUGGACAUGGAGCCGAGCGUGCAAGCCAACGCCUCGGACAGCUACCAGCUGAACCCCACCAGCAUCAUCGUGUCGGUGGUGUUUUCGCUCAUCUUCCUGCUGGGCACGGUGGGCAACAGCCUGGUGCUGGCCGUGCUGCUGCGGAGUGGCCAGGUGGG